GUCAACGGUGAACCAUCGAAAUCUCACCGUGACCAAGGAAGGCGACGAAUUGGGAGAGCUCGGAGGAAAGCGCGCGUUGAGCAUUCCCGGAUCUCGUGGCUCCGCGUGGGUAGCUUGGCGUCUAGCUGGUCGCUGUAGCAAUCUGUCGUCGAGUGCUGCUGCAAUGACUGAUCUCGUCGAGCCGUCAAUCAGUGUCAGUUUCGCCAGCGACGGCGAAGAGCCGCUGGUUGUGAAAGAGACUCCCCUACAUCAGUACAAGUACUUCCAGAAGGUCAGACACACAGCACCAGACGCAGCAGAUCAGAAAUGCACAUCGGCCCGCUUCGUCUGUGUGUUCGUGCAGGUGUUGGACGGUGAGUUCCAAGAGGGCCAGCAGCGUCAAGUGUGCAUCAAGGAGGUAGUCAAUCGAGCCAUCGGUGUGGUGGUGCUGCAGCACGGGGCCGACAUCAUAGAUUCGCUGACCAAGGACAACCUGCUGGACGCGAUGAUCGCCCUCGACUACCUGCAGUUCGACACCGACAAGAUCUUCACACCGGGCAGCAACCAAAGCCUGCUCUGGGGCAUCCACCGACGGGUACAUGGCGGAUCUUUAUCUUUAUACAUACAUACUCAAUGGACGUGAUCCAACCUGUCAGGUGGUGCUGGAGCGCUGGCUUGCCGACAAGCAGCUGGCCGAAAGCCUCUUGGACAGCUUCUCCCCCUACGCCUUCAUCGCCCGCUUCAUCCACCAGCACCCGGACAUUCGCACGGCCCUCAUGCCGGCACUGCGCAAGAAGCCCGACGUCAUCAGUGCCCAGUGGCGUCGGUGUGUGAGAGGGGAGGACGAGACGAAUGACGCCGUCAAGGCGGCCAUCAGCCUGGUGGACAGUCUGGUGGACGGGCUGUCGUUUGGCCGCAUCGAUAUGAGCUGUCAGGAGGUUGGCCGGUUCAUCACAGCUGCGACGGGCAGCACGUCGCUCGCUGCAGCGCACGGUGAGGGGAGAGGCGAGAGGCAUGCUGUCAGCACUCACAGGAAUGCACUCUUGAUCUGCAGGUUCGGUAUUCGAGAGGGACAUUUUCACUCGGUCCGCCACCGACAGCGCCUACCCCUUCGCCAACAGCCAGCGGAGGUCGGCCAGAUGCGGCGGUAUCGACUUCGACGUGGCCGCCCUUCCCCACCCCUUCACCAUUCAGCCAUGCGGCGACUCGCAUCCCAACGCCAUGCGCGACGGCAAUGGGAAAAUUGCAGACGUCGGCGGCUGGCACAUCGCCUUCAAAAGCGUCGACGAGGGCGCGAAGGGGGAGUCGUUUGUGAGGUGCUUCGCUGCUGACGGCUCUCUGGAGAUCGCCAGUGGUGGUGACAGCGAUGGCACAGUCCGGCUGUACGGAGACCUCGAGAUGAUAGGGAGGAUCCACAUGGGGGACGACGGCCCGUCUGUGCGGCGCUUCGUUCUGCAGAUGCUGGGAGAUGGGAUUGAGACGAAAGCCACCCCACGCAACAUCUCGCGCGAGUCGCUGGUGCAGCAGGGGGUGGGAGAGGCGCGGCUCAAGGACGUCAAGAUGACCAUGACGGUGCGACACUUCCCGAUGCGCGCUCUCGCCCUGCACUACCUCCGGCUGUGUGUCAAGGCGGGGCGAUGGGAUGACGUCACACACAUGGCCAGGUGAACAACGAGGGAGCACAAACGCAUUAACGCACAGACACACUGGUGGUGCAUUGCUCGAUUGGUGUUCGCCUUUGCAGGUCGAUCCAUCGCGAGGUCGCUCUUCACAUGCUGGUGUUCCUGGUCAGGGCGCGCGACCACCGCCUCCGACUCAUGCUGUCCUGGGCGGCGGCGGUCGGCGAUCUGCCUGAGAAGCGCUGUGAUCGCAUUGUAUCGAGGCUGACGACCGAUUUCAUUGAGAAGAAUCCUGCUGAAGCGGCCGCCGUCCUUCCCAUCAUACCCUCCCUCCCAUCAGCAGUGCAGAGGGCCUUCAAGGAUGCUCUCAAGGGAGCGGUUGCCGCACAAGAUGACGAAUGCUUCCACCAGCUGUACGAUGCUCUCGUCAAGGUUAGCCGAUCCUAUUCCGUUGUCUGAUUGUCUCUGUGUCCUCUCAGCCUCUCACCCUCUCUGUCUGUGUGCUUGGAUGUGUCUUUGGCACACAGGAGGCGGCCGCUCGGCAGAAGGCUCAUGAAGCCGAGCGGCUACAGCUGCGUGAGGAGAGAGAUCAGGUGCGUCAAGUACCAGCCACACCGGUUCCUUUCUCUGUGCCCCGUUUCUCUAUGUGUGUACUCGCCUUGGCUGUGCAGGAGGCGGCCUGUCGGCAGCGUUUCGAGGCCGAGAACGAGCAGCUGCGACAGGCGAUAGAUCAGGUGCAUACCCAUAAUUGCUACGAUUGAAGCAAACGUCUUUGUGUCUGUCGUCUGUCUGUCACUCAGUUGCGUCGCGGAACGAAGCGGCCACGAGAGGAGAUGGAGGGCCACCACCACCAGCACCACCAGCAGCAGCAGCAAGAAGAGCGCGAGGCGGACCACGACAUGAAGUCGUAAUGGGUGGUAGUCCUGCGGCUGUGUGCUCGAUUGUCUCGUUACGGUGACAGAGAGAGGUUUUGAUGGCGCGUGCAUGCCCUCUCUGUUGCUCCCUCCCAUGUCAUGGGUGGAGUGGCCUGGGUGGUGGGUACACAUGCUCUGCUGCCUGCCUGCCUGUGUACAGCUGCCCGCCCGCCCGCCCGCCUGCCUGUCUGCCCCGCUCCCUCCCCCUCGUGUCUGUCGAUAGUUUAGUCGCCACAGCUGUGCCCAUCCCCUCUUUUUCUGUCGUGAUACGCACACCGCACAUAUGGGUGAUCGGAGGGUAGGUCACCGCAUGAUGUUUUGCCUUUUGUCUCUGGACCACUCCGUCUGUCUGACACUCACUCGCCCACACGCGGUGUCUGGUUUUGAUGACUGACUGACUGACUUACUGACUCCAGUGUGCGCCUGAGUGAAUCAAUGAAUCAAUGAAUGAAUGGAAUACACUGACUGAAUGCACACAUGUGGC